AUGAUUUUCUUCUCUUUCAGAAGAGGCCAUAUUUUCAUUAUGUCUGGAAGCUACUAUUUUGUAAUUGUAGGUCAUCAUGAUAAUCCUGUAUUUGAGAUGGAAUUUCUACCAGCUGGUAAAGUAGAAUCUAAGGAUGACCAUCGCCACCUGAAUCAGUUCAUAGCUCAUGCUGCUCUUGACCUAGUAGAUGAAAACAUGUGGCUAACAAAUAAUAUGUACCUGAAGACUGUGGAUAAAUUUAAUGAAUGGUUUGUUUCUGCCUUUGUCACCGCAGGCCAUAUGAGAUUUAUAAUGCUUCACGAUGUAAGACAAGAAGAUGGAAUCAAAAACUUCUUUAGCGAUGUCUACGAUCUAUAUAUAAAGUUUGCAAUGAAUCCUUUUUAUGAAGCUAAUUCUCCAAUUCGAUCCACCGCAUUUGAUAGAAAGGUUCAGUUCCUUGGGAAGAAGCAUCUUUUAAGUUGAAUUAUUCCAUCUGUAACAUGACAUAAAAAGCCUAUUGAGUGAAACAACAAAGAACAAAGUGUUUAAGAAGCUUUACAAAGUAAGAUGAUUUCAGAAAUCCAACAGUUUCUCCAGGAAAGUUGAUCACUUCAACUGCAUGUGCAUGUGCGUGUGUGUAUGUAUAUAUAUAUAUAUAUAUAGGUAUCAAAAUAAAUGCUAAUAUAUCUCUUGGAUGUUUUAAGCACCAUCUGCAGCUUAUUUAGUAAAAUGACAGAUAACACAGAUCA